AUGGCUUCUCCAAAAUAUCUUACCGGCGAUCAAUCUGCCAUAAAUGAUUUUAUUGAUCAAUUCGACGUCUUCCUAUUUGAUUGCGAUGGCAAGAAGAUUGUCUUUGUAACGAAUAACUCGACGAAAUCGAGAGCCGAAUAUCAGAAAAAACUUACUACUCUUGGUAUACCAAGUAAUGUUGAUGAAAUUUUCGGUUCGGCCUACUCUUCCGCAAUUUACAUAUCUCGAAUCCUCAAACUUCCAGCACCCAAAAAUAAGGUCUUCGUUCUAGGUGAAACUGGUAUUGAAACAGAGUUGAAGACAGAAGGUGUGGAGUAUAUCGGAGGAACAGAUCCAGCUUAUCGUCGCGACAUUACCCCAGAGGAUUAUAAAGGGAUCGCAGAUGGUUCAUUACUCGAUGAUAAUGUUGGUGUAGUUUUGGCUGGCUUGGACUUUCAUAUCAAUUAUCUCAAGCUAUGCCAUGCUUACCAUUAUCUUCGUCGAGGCGCGGUAUUUCUGGCCACGAAUACUGACAGUACUUUACCAUCAAACCAUACCUUCUUUCCUGGAGCUGGAUCUAUAUCAAUCCCAUUGAUCAAUAUGAUAGGAAAAGAGCCAACAGCAUUAGGCAAACCAAAUCAAGCAAUGAUGGAUUCUAUUGAAGGUAAAUUUCAAUUUGAUCGUAAGAAGACAUGUAUGGUUGGCGAUCGACUGAAUACAGAUAUCAAGUUCGGCAUUGAGGGUAAACUGGGAGGUACCCUAGCUGUAUUGACUGGAGUGUCUAAGAAAGAUGAAUGGGAGGCCGAUAAUGCUCCUGUAGUACCUGCGUACUAUGUUGAUAAACUAAGUGAUCUGAGGGGUUGA